GCCCCUCCCCCACAGCAUCUCGCCAGCGGGGGACGGGCACAGCUCCACGGCCUGCUGCGGGUGGGUUCUCCCCGUAUGGCAGGGCUUCCCGGCAGUGCCAAGCUCUCUCCACCCCGCACGUGUAACUACCCGAGUUUCCUUCCUCUCUCCUCCACGUUCGGACUCUCCGGGGCUGUGGAUUGAAGCCAGACAGGCCCCAGGCCCAGCGAGAGCCGCCUCCGCUUGGCUUGGUCCGAGGGGCUGCUAGCCAGAAACCCCCUCCGGGCGCCGGUCCGCUGGCCCCUGCGGGAAUAGUGGCGGAGGAGACAGGGCCCGGCCCCUUUGGGACAUCGCUGCCUGUUCUCCCUGCCGGGCCGGGGGCUGCGUGCUGGGCUCCUUGACACCAUGGAGAUGGGAAGUGUCCGGAAAUGGUGCAGCCCCAGGGCGCGUGACCGGAGAAAACCAGGGGCCCAGCGCACGUUUCAGCUCGGCUGGCAGCUUUCGGCACGUCCUCGGCCUUCCUUUCCAACUCCCAACGGGGGCCGGAUUUCUGCAGGCACGUGUUCCGCCUCCCCCGGGUGCACACGCUGAUGUACCGGGAAGCCAGAGCACCGCUCCAGGGAGAAACCAGAUCUGUGCAGCUUGGGCCUCCUGAAGCACAGAGAAGGCCGAACGAGACUUGUGUUUAGAUCUUCGUUUUGAAACCGAAGGGGGGUGGUUUGCCUUGGAGAUACCAAGUCGGGCUUCCCUGCGUUUUCUAGAGCUUUGCUUGCAGGCCUGGCGUGUGGGCUGAAUUGUCUUUCCCCUGGAGUGGAGAAGCCGAAUCGAGUCUUUGACAGAGAGUUGUUUUCCGAGAGGUGUUGUGAGCGUUUGAGCUGUAGGCCGUUACCAGCCUGAACCAAAAGCCUGUGUUUCAAAACCAGAGCCCCCUCAGGCCUCCUUGCGUAGGACUGCAGCAGCCAUCCAUAGCUUGGGGGUGGGAGAAAGGGCUUUGAAAAGCAACACACAAAUGGCACCUUCUGGCUUUCAUAAAGAGCCCUCGCCCCUCCCGGGGGUCCCCCCCUGUCACCGCCUCCCAGAAUGUCACCUUUCCGUCACGGUGCGGCUAAGCCGUGGAUCUCCCAGCCUGGUUCCUGCGGCCCGCGCGGCUGAGCUCAGCCAUGUUGUGUGUGGGUGGCGUGUGCUGUUGCUUUUGGAAACGUGUAACUUCCCAUCUAGCCCCAACACACGCCAUGCCAGAUAGCGCCUCAGUCACUCGGCUGUCAUCUCCUCCGCCUCUGGCGGCUCCUUGCGGGGGGAGCUGCCGGGCGUUUGCCGUGGGCCUGGCGCACCGAACAGGGUGCAGGCCCGGAGGUUAUUCCCGAGGGGUGUUGUGGGGUCUGCGCAGACUGUUACGCUGGGUGCAGAUCGUACGGCCGGUGCCGUGUGGCUAGCGUUGCUGUCUUGCCGAUCUCUCGUGGCAAUCGCGUAGCCGUGGCAUUGAUGCGCAGCGUCACAAUGCCACAGCCUAGCGCCAGACCAGAGCAAUUUACGGGACCCCUCUUCCUGCCAGGCAGCCCCUGUCUAAUUACUUUUCCCUGUGCUGCGGGGCGAGACGUUGGCUGUCGUGUCUCUAGCGUCUCUGAGCUGUCAUCUGUUUGCCCUUGGAGCAAUCUCCUCUCCCCGCUGUAGGAAACGGAAUUGGUUCCGUCUGUAAGUGCUCCGGAGUCAGCCUAAUCCACAGGGCCAGCUUUGGGGGGCGGGGGCGGGCGUGUAUCCGGGCAUUCAGGACGGGUUUGGAAUCCCCUUCUCGGACGAAACUCCCUAAAUCCGGCUUUGCUGGGACACGGGGCCUGUGUUUUGAAACCCUGUCCGAACACCCCUCUGCCCCGGCUGUCGGGCAGUCUGCACGGCCUCUUGGCUCAACUCCAGCAUGUGGGGGGUGACCCCCAAGGAGCAAGAUGCUGGCCAGGCAGCCCCUCCCUCCCCCUGCCCGGCAUGGUCUUGGCAGGGUGGGCCUGGGGCCCUUUCUCCGAGGCCUUGGCCUGCUGGAGCGCGCAGCUGCCCCGCCUCCUCCGUGUGGCUGUAACCCGGGUUCUCUCCCUCCCCAGGCCCAGCGGAAGCAGCUGUGGGUAGCCCUCAUUGAGAAGGCUCUGGCCAAGCUGCACGGCUCGUACUUCGCCCUCCAGGCGGGGCGCGCCAUCGAGGGCCUGGCCACGCUCACCGGCGCCCCCUGCGAGAGCCUGAUGCUGCAGGUCAGCUCCACUAACCCUCGCGAGGAGCCCAUUGACACUGACCUCAUCUGGGCCAAAAUGCUGAGUUCUAAGGAGGCUGGGUUUCUGAUGGGCGCCUCCUGCGGUGGGGGCAACAUGAAGGUGGAUGACGCACGCCUACUCCAUCCUGGACGUGCGGGACGUGCAGGGCUGCCGGUUUCUGAUGGGCGCCUCCUGCGGUGGGGGCAACAUGAAGGUGGAUGA